AUGCUCAAGCCUCAAAUUGUGAGCAUUUUCGAAGAUUUUGUGAGAAAAAAUGGCGGGAGGCAAAACAUGAAGAAAUAUGUGAUUGAUGAAGAAGCAAGAAGUCAAGGAGUUGAGAUUCUUCGCCUGCCACCAUAUCACUGCAUCUAUAAUCCGAUCGAGCUCGUUUGGGCUGCUUUGAAAUUCUAUCUCAAAACAAACUGUGAAAAUAUGAAAUUGUCCGAGGUAAUUAUUUCAUUUCUUCACUUGUUGUUCCUGAUUCACCGGUUUUUUGAAUAUUACAGGCUCGAAAAUGUGCAUUAGAAUGGCUGAAAAAUUAUACCGCGGCAGAAGCUGCAGCAUGUAUUCGGCACGUGGAAGAUCUAGAAGAAGAAACACGGAAAAAGCUCACCGAAAAAGAUAAUGAAGAAAUGGAAAAAGAACGUGAACGAGCAGAAGCAGAAGAUAGUUAUAACGACAGAAAUUUGAUGGAAGCUGAAUCCGAUUAUGAAGGUUACGAAUAUGAUUUAGAUUCUGACGACGAAGAGGACUAUGAAUUGGAACAUGUUGUAGAUGAUUCGGAUAAUAGUGUAGGAUAUGAUGACGAUGAUAUCGAGGAAUUGCUUCGCGCAUACAAUGAUUGUGAAAGUGAUGAUUCCACUUAA